AAACAAGAAUCCCUGCCUGUAGCGGUGUUUUUAAUUGACAGUAGUGUGACAGGUCUGUUGGGUAAUAACAAAAGCGAAACUGCGUAUAUUUUGAUUGCAAAAAACUGAAUAAAUAAUAGAAACUGUCGUGUGACGGAAGGAACAUAUUCAUCGAAAUAUUGAUAUGGUCUACUGCCAGCGUGUCAGGCUAAUUAGACCGACUAAUUCAACGAGGUAGUGUUGCGUUUACCAAACACAGCUAGGAUAAACACACAGUCGAAUCGACAUGUUGUCGUCGAAGGUUUUCGGAAUCCUGUAUGGACUCCCGAGGCAAAUGAAUGGUUGUCGGAAUAUUUUUAGAAAUUAUCUGACUCUGACGAGACCGCAAAAGGUGCUCUAUCCAAUGUGUAACAUCAGUUAUGUUCCGAUUACUGGCAUUUGUAAUAAUCUGGUACUGUACCAAAACAAAAAACCGACAAACAUUCAGCUAAAAGCUGGAAAGGAUUUAAUCAAAAAUGCAAUCGAAAUAAAACGGGGAAUCCUGUUGGAGAAAAGAGAUGAUUUCGUCAAGGACAUGCGAAUCAGAAAAACGAUUGUCAAGGAAAAGGUGCGCGAGAAAAUGGAAGAAAUGGAAGAAAUUGUGGAACGGGAAAAUGUCUUUACUAUUCCAAAUCUACUGUGUGUUGGACGUGGCGUCUUGGCACCGUAUUUAGGCUAUGUGAUUGUCCAACAGGAUUAUGCGUUAGGCAUGGGACUAUUGGUCUUUGCCGGAAUCACUGAUAUUUUGGAUGGUUACAUUGCCCGAAAUUGGCCGUCACAAGCGAGUAAGAUGGGAUCGUUUUUGGAUCCGAUGGCCGAUAAAUUGCUGGUUGGAUCGUUAGUCAUUUCGUUAACUUACACAAAUUUAUUUCCUGUGUGGCUGUGUGGAAUGGUGCUAUUUCGAGACGUUUUCCUAAUCGCCGCUGGCUUUGUCAUACGAUACAUCAGUCUACCACCACCAAAAACUUUGUCACGAUAUUUCGAUGUAACACAUGCGACCGCACAAUUGGAACCCACUUUCAUCAGUAAAGUAAACACAGCCGUGCAAUUGAUAACAAUAGCCAGCAGCCUCGGUGCCCCGAUUUGGGACUAUGCUGAUCAUCCAGCACUGCAUGGACUAUGGUAUUUUACUGGUGCGACAACAUUUGCUGCUGCUUUAAGCUAUAUAGUGAGCAAGGAUACUUAUAAAAUAAUCAAAGAAUCGAGAAAAGUGAAAGGAAAAACGGAUGAAAAGUGAAAUUGGCACUAUAGUUGCUGAACCAGCCGAAUGUAUUCUAUCAACCAACAUAAAACCGUUAAUCGAUUUUAGGCUUCACCCCAACAUAUUUGUUCAUACAAAAGUAAACGACAAAAAAGAAAUUGUAAAUAUAAUAAGUCUGACUAGGUUUGUAGGCAGUUAAAGUUGGUUAACAGUCUCUGCGAAAAGAAACGAAAAGUGAAGCACAUUUCCCAAUGAAAAAGAAAAAAAAAAAUUUUAAAUUCAAAAA